AUGAUCAAGAUAGUGGCAUUUCCACAGGUAUGGUUUCAAAACAGACGGGCAAAGUGGAGAAAGCAAGCUCGGUUACAAUUGCUGCAGGAUGCGUGGAGAAUGCGAUGCUUGGGUUUAGGAAGCGCUACGCCGCUGCUGCUCGGCCGAUCACCCUCGAUUGGUCUCGAGAGGACUAGCGACGCGUCCUCAACUUCUCCGUCAUCCUCAUCAGCUCUUAUGGGCUCGCCGAAUACGACUGACAAGUUACCCGAGAUUGGAAGUCCCGUAUCGGUCUGCAGAGAUUUUCGAAUCUUGCCUUCACUGCCACCUGGGUAA